AUGAUGUUAGAUGCUUCCAAAGCAUCUGCCAUGGCAGAUGUUAGCAGGAUCAGUGGGUGCAAUCUUGAAUUGCUUCUUUACAUUCGUAAUUUGAUUACUGUUCGUGCUCCGCAUUCUCCCUCCGCUUCCCCCUCCAACUCCACCACCUCACGGCUGCCUCCACUCAAACCGGUGACUGCGACGCCUGAAGAAGCGCCCAGUGGCGUUGAAGAGGUGGAGCAACACUCCCCACUCGUUGGUCCCAUUCCCGAUGAGGAGCGGUUCUAA